AUGGCUUCCUCAGGCUCACGGAAUCCCAAGGAGCUGAAGAAUAUGGUCGAAGCCAGCAGAAAGGAUGUAGAUGAGAUGGUAGAUAGCCUGGAAAAACUUAGAAAUCUGUCAAAAGAUGACAAAACUGAAAACGCCAUGCUGCGGUCCCGUAUUGAUGAACAGUCUCAGCUGAUAUGUGUUUUGAAACAGCGAGCUGAUGAAUAUGUACAGAAAGCACAAACCUUGGAGCGGGUCAACAAAGAACUGGAAGAUUACAGAGACAAUUCACAGCAUAUCAUAGACAAUGAAAUAAAAAAAUUCAAUCUUCUAGACAGAAGGUUUCAUGAACUUGCUGAUAACCAUGAAGAAAUGAUACGCUUCAAAGAUGAAUAUAAAAGACAAAAUGAGCAGCUUCGAUUGGAAAAUGCACAGCUCAAGGACGAGAAUGAGCGGUUGUUUUCUGGAGCAAUCACUGAGAGAGAUGAACAAAUUCAGUCCAUGUCCCAACAUAUUAUUAGCUUAAAGGAACAGUGUACAGAGUAUGACAGCAAAUUGUGCCAAAUGAAAACUGAAAUAGAUGAAACACGUAAAAGUCUGGAAAAAGAACUUAGGGAAAAAGACACUAUGUACAGUAAUGAAAUAUCCGUUCUUCGGAGUAAAAUUAAACAAACAGAAGAACAUCUGAGAGGUGCUACAGCACAACUGCUGUACCACAAAGAAAAUAUAAAAACAACAGACGCUUCCCAACAGAUGGCGAUGGAGAAACUGAACAAGGAAAGAGAUGAACUGUUAGACUUAGCAAUGCAAAGGGGCAAACUCAUUCAGGACAAACAAAAAGAAAUAAAAGCAAUGCACGAUAAGCUGUUUGCAACUGAAAGAGCAGUGAAGCACAUGGAAGAUAAAUUUGAAAGGGAAGCAGCAUCUGUUAAUGCCAAUCUACAAGUUCAAAAACUUAAAAGGGAAAAAGAUGAGUCUGAAUACAGGAAGAAAGAACUAACCUAUGAAUUUGAAGCUUACAAGAAGCACAGUAACAGUUUAUUGAAGAAAGAGAAAGAACUAAAUGAGAGACUAAGGCAUCUAGUGUCAGCAUAACACUGCAUCGUAUCUGAACAAAGGCUGGAGAUAAACCACCAAAUUCCAAGGCUGAAUUGUCUUGGCUGACAAUGUAAUCACUGUAUGCCAGAAAUUGUUAUCAGUCAAGUUCGUAUUACUUUAUUGGCAGAAUUUGUUCUGACUGACCAGAGAAAUAGAGGCUACAACACAUCACAAAAAAAAUAUAUACAGAUUUUGAUACAAAAACUUUCAUUGUGUAGUUAAUGUACAAAUUUUCACUACCAGUCUGGUAUAAAAACUGCAGGCACGCAAGGGCAAGGGCCCAAAGCAACCCAUUAUAUUCAGUUCAUUAGUGCAUGUGUAAACCAGAUUUUUCAAAAUACAAUAAUCAAUACAAUGAUUUACAUUAUACAACCAAUGGCACUUUGGUUUUACACACAUAUGCACUUCUAAUUGAGAACAGUUGUCAAUUCUGCGCACUUUAAAUCCAUUCGUACCAACAGUAACAUUCAAAGAUGCAUCCAGGUGACAAUUCAUUAACAGUAGACAAAGUUGGUAUGAAAGUCAACUUGUAAAUCAGCCCAGGUAGUAUUCAAAUUGCAUGAACUUAAUUGAGCUAUUGCUUGCAGUCAGGUUGCCAAAGGGAAUAAUACAUCACCAUUGUACAGUUUUUGUAUACAUGUAAUACACUCUGGACGUCUCCUGAAUUUGUAUCCUUUUAUAGAAAUAAAAAUGCAGACAAAUAAAAUUG